CUCAUUUAACUACUUUAGCUUCUUUCUUUCACAAAGUAUUUCAGUUCUCCUCCUCCUCCUCCUUGUCUUCCCUCUCUGAUUCUGUUUGAACUUGUUUUUGUUUUCUUUGGGGGCAAAAGAAUUGCUGCUCUUUCUAACAACUGUUGCUGAUUUUGCUGUUUUAAGCCUGUUUCUCUUAACACAUUUAUCAUAGCAGAUCCACAUGUCCUUCUGAUCAUCUCCUUUCCUGUCCAAACCUGUGUGGGUUGCUUGCUUCUCAUCUCUCCUUUUAAGUUAGUCCCCCAUAGCAAUGACUUUAUAACAGUUGCAUAACAGCAUCUGUCAGACCACAAAGAGACCCCAAAACAGAACCCUCUCCCCAGGAAAAAAGUGAGGGAAAACAAAAAAAUGAAGCCAUGGCCUGAAAUUGUUAUAUAUCCACAACCACCAUUGCUACCAUUCAAGGCAAAUGACAUUGCUUCUUCUUCUUCUUCUUCUUCUUCUUCUUCAUAAUCUCCUUGUUCUUUCUCUUCCCUUUCUGCAAUGUCCAUGGUGAAUGUAGACAUUGCUUCCCUUUCUCUCAGUCCCAGCAACAACUAUGGGAGAGGAGAACCUUUCCCCACCACCUCUCUUUUCCCUUACAUCAACAACAAGGGCUCCACUGAAUACACUAUUUCUAAUGAAGACAAUGUUGCUAAUGGGACCAAGGAGUGUGGAGACAGCAGUGGGCAGUCAAAGCUAUGUGCAAGGGGACAUUGGAGGCCAGCUGAGGAUUCAAAGCUCAAGGAACUUGUUGCCCUCUAUGGCCCUCAGAAUUGGAACCUCAUUGCUGAGAAGUUGGAAGGCAGAUCAGGGAAGAGCUGCAGAUUGAGGUGGUUUAACCAGUUGGAUCCAAGGAUAAACAGGAGGGCAUUCAGUGAAGAUGAGGAAGAGAGGCUAAUGCAGGCUCAUAGGGUUUAUGGGAACAAAUGGGCAAUGAUAGCCAGGCUGUUCCCAGGGAGGACUGACAAUGCUGUGAAGAAUCAUUGGCAUGUGAUUAUGGCUAGGAAGUAUAGGGAGCAGUCAAGCGCCUAUAGGAGGAGGAAGUGGGUGCAAAGCAACAGUCCUACUGCUUCAGCUGGUAGAACAGAAGUUGGUGCUAAUGUGGUUUCUCCUUACCAAAUUGGAGACAACUUCAUUAAUGGGGCAAAUGGAGGAGGAGGAGGAGGAGGAGGAGAUGGAGGAAUAAUCAAAGGUGCCCCUCAGCACAUUAAUGGAGUUUGUGCUCAGCAGCAGACAACCUUUGAUUUCUUUCCUGGUCCCAAGAACAAUGACAUGGUGAUAAUGGGGAUGUUGAGCCAGACCAGAUCUUGUUGGGAUCACCAUUUCAACCUUUCUUCUCCUUCUGCUUCUUCUUCUUCUCCAUCUCCCCACAACGGCAACAUCAGCUACAGCAACUGUGAUAUGAAUGUGGGGGCCAAAAAGUUGACUGUCCUUCUCCCUCGUUCCCUUAUUCUGGGGGAGCUCCACAGACAGACGUAAGAGUGAUGGCGAAGACGACGAGAGUUCGACAAAGGAUUUGUUUGGUAUUUUGUUUAGAUUUCAAAUUCAAAGGGGGAUAGAGUAAUUCACAUAUGGUUAUGUAGCUGAAUUUGGGCCUGAAUUUUGCAGUUCCUAGAGAACCCUUAAAGCAUGUGAUGAGGUAUUAAAUACUAGGGUUGUUU